GGGAUGGCUCCGCCGCCUCGCUAAGCUACUGCUGAAAGUUUGCGGAAGUUUAUUUUUACAGCUUGAAGUUGAAGUCAGUCGUUAAAAGGGUCAAAAACAGACACGAGACGAAACCUUUUUUUGUCAAGAGUCAAGAGAUGGACCUUGGUUCAGAGAAAAUACAACGGAUUCUUUCCAAGUACAAGUUCCGUGAUGUUGCUAUUGAGGAGCUGCAGAAAAUCCAUCGCAUCUUCCCUGGGAUGAUACCAUCCACAGGCACAUACACAUUUACUGACAGCACCCAGAAAGAUCUCCUGAAAUUAAUUGGUAACCUCCCUGUUCAGUAUGAAGGCCGCUCCUACAACUUCCCUGUCCAGCUGUGGCUGCUGGACUCGUUCCCCUUCACUCCUCCCAUAUGCCUCCUGAGGCCGACCUCUAACAUGGUCAUCAGAGAGGGCAAGCAUGUUGACGCUCGAGGACGGAUGUUCUUGCCAGGGCUGCACAACUGGGAUUAUCCCAAGUCCUCUGUUGUGGGUCUUCUGAAUGAGAUGAUUGCCAAGUUUGAGGAGGAUCCUCCACUGUCCGCAAAGACCACAGGAGAUAAUAAAGACCCCCAUGACCUGCUGGCUUUUGUCUCUAACUUGCAAAUCAAUGAUGGUGGAAUCAAACAUCACGAUAAAUCAAUCAAGAAAGUCUCAGUUAUUGGGGGAGGAGAUUUAGGAAUGGCAUCAGUGAUGAGCAUUUUAUCAAAGUGUAAAUUGGAUCAACUUGUUUUUAUUGACAUCGCUGAGAGUUCCACCAAGGGCGGCAGCACAGAUCUUGAGAUUUUCAGUCUGCCUAAGGUUGAGGUAUCCAGAGAUUUGUCAGCCUCAGCUGGCUCCACGGUCAUCGUGGUGACUGCGAACUCAUGGAGCAGUGAGCAGUCUUACGUGAGUGUGGUUCAGACUAAUGUAGACUUGUACAGAGGAAUCAUCCCAAAUCUGGCGCGUCUCAGCCCCAAUGCCAUGUUGAUCAUCGCUUCACAACCAGUGGACAUCAUGACCCAUGUUGCCUGGAGGCAGAGUGGCCUACCGCCGACACGGGUGAUCGGAGCGGGGUGUAACUUGGACUCAGAGCGACUAAGUCACGCCCUGGAUAUUAAUCUGAACACUCACAAACCAGCCUGGGUCAUAGGAGAGCUUUCAGAGAACAAAGUUGCUGUGAUGGGAAACACUGGGCUGAGCUCCAGUGCGCAGCCAGACAUCGCAUCAGGAACCAGCUCUACCAAACCACUGUUAGACAGAGCGUUUGAGAUCAUGAAGAAUCGAGGCCAGCGGUCAUGGUCUGUGGGUCUGUCCAUUGCUGACAUCACAAACAGUGUCCUGACAGAUAAGAAGAAGGUCCACUCUGUCUCCACACUGGCUCAGAGCUGGGGUGGCAUAGGUGCCGAGGUGUUUCUCAGCCUGCCGUGCAUCAUAGGAUCAAACGGUUCCACACGCUUGGCUGGAGUGUCCCUGGGACAGGAGGAAGAUUCCAAACUGAGGAACAGUGCCACCUCCCUUUCUAACCUCAUGAGUCAGCUCACAAUAUGAGUUUGCACUCGCAGUUUUGGCUUAACUGACCAGUCUGGGAACAGCAGGUGCUCACUGACAGGGCAGUUUCACAGCCAACACACCCACAGCAGAUGGACUGAAGUUAUGGACAAAACUGCUGUCCUAAAUAUGCAGAAUUUAAUCAAAAGACUUGUUUCUAUAUUGCCACUGGAUACUGUGUAUUAACCAUGGGUGAAAAUAAUCAGAUAUAUAAAUGUGCAAAUUGCAUUUUUGUAAUUAAAUGUACCAGAACUGAGAUGUUUUUCUCUUUUGUCUCAUACAAAAUCUACAAUCUGGAACAUGUUACAUGAAUGCCCUGUGAUAUGUUUUUUGAAGAAGUUAUAUUUUUAUAAGAGCUCGAGUAAAAUUUGGCCUGCACUACUUUUACCUAAGAUGGAUGUGAUAAUUCUAAUUGUUAUUGCAUUAACCUGUUAUUUAAUUCCUUUAGAGAAAAUCAGGGUGUUGGCAGAUGAAGUGUCAGACAUGCAGUACAGGGUGCUGGUGCUGAGUUAAAACACAAAUGAUUAAAUAAAGGUCUGUAUAUUUUGAGGGCUUGCAAUGUUUAAUGACAACAUGAAAAAGCUGUCUGAAAUGCCUCUCUAUUUAAAUGUUCUUUGCUCUCGUUUUGUUUACUUUGUGUGAAAUACUUGCUCAGCUAGACCCUAAGAUACAUACAGUAAGACUACACGAAUUUGUGGGUGUGCAAUAAAUACCUGAAACCAUA